UACGGUCCAAUUAUCCGAGAAAUACGAAGCAGUUAUGGUUCUCAGUGGAGUGGGGAUGCUCUAGGUUAUAAGAAUGGUUUGUGGGAAUUCUGUUACAGUGGUACUCAAAUUCAUGAAGAACUAGAAAAACUCGGAGGACUUGAUAAAAUUGACAUUAAAGGAUGGAGGGUUAGUGACGACACUGUACUACACAUUGCUACAGCAGAAGCGUUGGUUUCUGAAUGGACAACAACGGAAGAGUUAUUGAGCAUUAUGGCUACAAAGUACAAGAAGACAUGUGCUGAGGAUAUGUGGGAAAGAGCUCCUGGGCAGACCACAACAAAGGCAUGUUUCAUGUUACAACCUCUUGAGGAAAAAGGUUACAUUAUACCAUUUAAUGAACGAGGUGGAGGAUGUGGUGCAGCUAUGAGAUCCAUGUGUAUAGGUUUGAUGUUUCCUUGUGAAGAUCAAAUUGAAAUGUUAAUUGAAAUUGCUGUUGAAAGUGGAAGGAUGACUCAUAAUCACCCACAGAUGUUUUAUCUUCAACUCUUCCUUGAUUACUUACUUGAUCAAGCCAUUACCAUGAAUGUUUCAUAUCCUUUUAUCUAA